AUCUUUGUCUUAACCCUUGUGCUGUUGCCAAUUUUAUCUCCUUCACUAUUUCUUUUGCUUUCCUGCUAUUUCCUACUCAACAUGCAAAUGAUCAUUGUUUAAAGUUUCAAUAUUUUAUUUUUCUUCUUUGGAAUUUUCAAGAAUGAGGUGAAGUUUUUGUAUUUGAUUAAAGAGGCAAAUGGUAAAUAUGGGAUAGAGAGAAAGAGGAGAGUGGAGAUCACAGAGCUGAGAAAUAGAUAAGGGAAAAUGGACGGAAAUUAGAUUAAAAGUUAAAUCUUUUUUAAGAUGUUAAGAUAACAAUAUCCCACAUUGACAUUUUGGGCUAGUAUACAAGCCCGUCCUUGCAAGCUGGUCUUUUGAUGGAUUUAAGAUUAAAGAUUGAAUCUUUUUGUUUGAAGUUUUGUUGUAUGCUUGUUUUUCUGCUACUUAUUGCGUUCAAUAUUGGUGAACGCUUGAUGGGUUAUGGUGUUUGUACUCCAACAGAGCUUUUCAGAUAUGAGGUGUCAAAACAUCGCUCAUGUUGGAGGCACGUCUUCGCCUAUUUGAUAGUUCAAAAAAAGAAAUUAGCUCUAAAAGAUAUUGAACUGAUAAAGAAGAGAUACCCGUGCCUUUUAGAAUUCCCUUGCCGCUUCCAUCGUGGUGAGAGAUUGAAGAGGAAAGGGAAAAGAGAGGAGAUGAAAGAACUGAGACCACCCAAGGAUGCCAAGAAUGCAGUCUCAAGAAAAAAAGAAAAACUACACUCUCAAGCAUUUGAGUGUAAAGAAAAGCUAGGCACUGAAGCAUUUGAUCGUUACUUUCAGAACUUAUGGAAGAAUUUAUCAGAGGAUAAGAGGACUUCUUUCGCGUACCUUGACUGUAUGUGGUUUAGCUUGUACUUGCAACCAUCCUCCAGAGACAAGGUGCUGACCUGGAUUAAGAAGAAGCAUAUUUUCUCAAAGAAAUAUGUCAUUGUUCCUAUCGUUUGCUGGGGUCACUGGAACCUAUUAAUCUUUUGCCAUUUUGGUGAGAGUGACCAAUCAGAAACCCAUAAACCAUGCAUGUUGUUGCUUGAUUCUCUUGAAAACGCAGAUCCAAGGCGGUAUGAACCAGAUAUAAGAAAAUUUGUACUAGACAUUUAUAAAGCAGAGGGCAGGUCUGAGACCAAAGAUUUUAUCUAUCGAAUUCCUUUCUUGGUUCCUAAGGUGCCACAACAGAGAAAUGAUGUAGAAUGCGGUAACUUUGUUCUCUACUACAUCAAUUUGUUCAUUGAGGGUGCUCCUGAGAAUUUCAGCAUUGAGGGCGGCUACCCAUACUUUAUGAAAAAAAAUUGGUUUACCCCUGAAGGCUUGGAGUGUUUCUGCCAGCAACUAUAUUCCUCUUCAGAGUGAUGUGCAUAUACUUAACAGUGAAAGGAAGUCCAUAGGUUUUUGUUGACUUUAUGUAAAUGUUGUUCUAGAUUGGGUCAGCCGAUCAUAGUGCCUAAGUGAAUGAGAUAGAUCAAGGUAAUGUAGGUGUAAUGUUGGUUUCCUAGGAUGAUUAAGCGCCACAGUCGAAGCGUAUAUUGAGAAACCUUUUGGUUAGUGAGAAAGAAAAGCCUAAAAAAUUAUCGAUGCUGGCUCCUUUACUUGCCUGUAUUUAGCUUAGAGAUUUCAUGUAGCUAAUUGCGACUGCAACUUAGAGCUGUCAGUAAAAUGUUAGUUUACUCUUGAUUUCCCUCAACUUGUUGCUAAUUACAAUUUAGUCUUGAUAAUCUGACAAGAAGAUGUUUUUUUU